CGCUGCAUCUCGACACGGAUUACGAUUCUGUCCUGCAGUCUGUCUGCAGCGCAUUUUCUGGUUGCUCUACCAAGACGGAAGAAGGUUUUGCCUGAGUGUAAUUAGCCCCAGCUGAUCUGGAGCCCGUCGAUUACGGGCCGCGCCUUCCUCCAGGGCCCGCAACUCAGCCGUCCUGCGUUAACGCAGCAUUUCGACUUCGUAUUCCGCCCCCACCCUUUCUGUAUACGCCUCCGUACCGUGCUCUCGAUCAUCGUACUCCACACAAGCCCAUGGCGUCCCCGGCCACACAGCCCUUUACGUCCGUAGACACGACGACGCAGGGACCGCACAAGGACGAGGUCGAGUCGCCGAGCAUCUCAGUCACAAAUGCGCUGGCACGCUACGAGUACGACCAUGCCACACCCGGGGGCACCAAGAUCCUUAUGGUAGAAUGGGAAGAUGACGACUCAACGCACGGUGUGCGCGGAGACUGGCACGUGUCAUGGGAGGGGAGCACAAGAGUCCUGCCAGCGGACGACCAGCAGGCCAACGAUGUGAACCGCAUGUAUUUCCUGCUGCCAGCAGGCAGUGCCGUGCCCAAGAGUGUCACCCUCACACACCGGCCGCAGGAAGCUGGUAGGACACCAGUAGUAUGGCACACGAACCCGCUGCCUGCACUGUUUCCACCAGAACUAGGAGCAUCAGCACGCGCAGCGGGGAAGAAAGGUGUCUUGCACACAAUAUGGGCGAAGAAGAGAUUACAGGUGCUGCAAAAGGAGAUUGAAGCUGAGUCGCGAGACAACGUUGAGGGCAUCGGGUUGCUCAUGGCGGUGCAAGAGAAGGAAUGGAUUGAGCAGACAUUCGGCGUCAAUGCGCGACCAUCCGGUCUCAGCUUCUCGCUCCCAACAGGACCACCAACGAACGGCCCUGCAAGUCCCAGAUCGCCUGGUGGAGGACGAUUGCUUGACAAGCUGGCGGGCUUGAAGCUAAGCAUCAACCAGCGCGAUCUUACACCCAAGUCUGAAGACAUAAACGGCGAUGCGCCGUUCGCCAACCCUCUCUCACCAGAAGGCUCAGACGUUGCCGUAUCCUCAUUCUCUUCCUUCGCGAUGCUGAAAGGCGAGAACCCCUCGUCACUCGCAGCGAAGCCACCUCAGCCUCCUCAGCCAUUGCAAACAACAGCGCCACGGAAGGUUGCAGUCCAGGUUCCACCUCCCUCGAUCGUUGCCCGCCAGGACUCUACAGGAAUGGCAUCACUGAAUGCACUGUCAAGCCCAGCCCCCAUGUUCCAGUCCCGGGGACCUAUAGCCACAGAUGACGACGACAACGAUGAGGGCCUUUUCGCAAGUCCAAUCGACCCGAGGAGUCCUGAGAUCGGAAAGAGUCCGUUCUCAUUUGCGGGUAACGACACGGCGAAGUAUUUACAUAGGGACGAUGUCUCGUAGAUACAAAGGGA